AAACUUACUGAUAAUGUUAUUUUACUAACAAUAGAACGUGUGUAAUUGAAAAAUAUAAAAAUGCCUAUUGAAUCGAUUGAAGACCCUUCUAUAAAAAUAAAGCCAAAUAAGAAAUUAACAGAAUUCGUUAUAAAAAAUGUUAAGAAAACAAGUGAUGCUCCUUGUGGUAUUGUUGCUUUAAAGAAAACAAGUAAAGACAAACAAAAAGAUUUGAAAUUGGAAUUGGAUGAUAUACGAUGGCUAAAUCAGUAUUUGGAAGAACACAGGAAAGCAAAACAAGAGAAUGUUUAUUUGCAUGACCUUCUGGAGGCAGCAGAUAUAGAAUUACCAACACCGAAGGUUACACCAAGGAACCCUGAAUUGGAAGCUAGAGUACAGAAAUUGAAAGCGCAACAAGAUGCCAGAGAAUAUCGAGCUAUGACCAAAAGUGUUGACUCUAUUAGACGAGAAUUACCAGAAGAUACUAUUGCUUAUCAAAUGAAACAAAUAAAUAAGCAACUUAUAGCUGUUGCCCAAUUUAUAUUUUCUGUAUUGGCAGGCUUUGCAUUUGGAUUUAUAGGUGUGGAGUUAAUAGUUGGGAAUUUAGAUUUUGGAUUUAGGCUGUUAUUGGGAGUAAUUUGUGCAUUAAUCAUAGCUCUGGCAGAAAUUUACUUCUUAGCUGUGAAAUUGAAUGAAGAUGGAUAUGAUUCUGUAUCAGUGUCAGCGUCUAAAAAGUUGCACCAAGAAUAAAAUUUUACAGAUUUUUGUUAUAAGUCUUUUCUAAAAUUUUUGAAAUUUUUUAUGUACAGUAUUGAAGUGCAACAAAAUAAUUUGUUAAUUGCCAAUGUAUAUUAUGUUGGUAAAAUGUAUUGUGGUACAGUUAAAGAGAAGCAGCUAUCACAAGAGUUAAUGCAUUUAUUUCAUUUUAAUGUUUGAGUAAAGUAACAAGGAGCUUCCUAUGUUAAUACAAUAUGAAAGAUAAAUAAAUUGUUUCCUUUAUACAAA